GGUAUUGCCAGUUUUCGCAUGGCAGCCCACUGGUUAAGAUGAUGGGGAAGACAUACUAUUUUUUCCCUACAAAAGUUAUUGAGUUAAGCUUUUCAUUCGUGACUUGUAUGUUUAUUGUGUUACUAGUGCAGGUAGUAGCGCAAAAUGGUGAUCAAAACUUUCGUUUGCCGAAUGACACGUACCCAAUAAGAUAUAACGUCGAAAUAACCACCAGAAUACACGACGAUUCAAUCGGUUCACAUCGAUUUAGCUUUGAAGGCAAAGUGACGAUUCAGCUGAAGACCAAGGAAAACAGAUCAACGAACAGUAUCACAUUAAACUAUCGUGAAAUAGAUAUUAUUCAUGUGCGGUUAUGGUAUCAGCAGGGAGGUUGGGAGCGGAUCAUUAUAAAUGAUAAUUAUAGUUAUACGUUGGAUUCGCGACGAGAGUUUUUACACAUUAAUUCUCCGCAAGCGCUGGAAGGAUUAUACUAUUUAGAAAUAACCUACAACGGUACUUUACGUGAAGACAAUGCCGGUUUUUAUAGAUCAUCGUAUACAGAUGGGGAUGGAGAGGUAAAAUGGUUGGCAGCAACACAAUUUUCAUCGACAGACGCGAGACACGCUUUUCCCUGUUAUGAUGAACCUGGCAUAAGAGCUCCGAUUGGGUUACGUGUUGUACACGGUGUUGACUAUUCAGUACUCUCAAAUGGACGACCGAUUGAUAUUCGUAAUGACUCCAGGGAAGGACUACUUGUAACAACUUUUGAGGAUACGCCACCAAUGCAGACGUAUAUACUGGGCAUUGUAGUGAGCAACUUUCAGGAAACGUCGUACAAUGGUUAUCUCAGGCACAAGGCGUUCAAUCGUCCAAAAGCGUUUGGGAAAGAAGACACAAAAUUCAUUCUAGAAGCGGGCUUUGAAACCCUAAAUUUUUUAGAGCAGUUCUUAGAAAUUGAUCUAAUACUACCCAAGAUUUAUCACGUAGCCAUACCUGAUUUUGCAGCUGGUGCGAUGGAAAACUAUGGUUUGAUAACGUACAAGGAAGAAAAUUUCUUUUACGACUACGAGACAUCCCCAAUGAAGCAAAAGAAAAAAAUUGCUACGAUUGUCGGUCACGAAAUCGGACACCAUUAUUUUGGAAAUUAUGUUUCUCCAGCAUGGUGGAGUUAUCUGUGGAUGAAAGAAGGAUUCGCUAGGUUUUUCGAAUAUUACGCAUCAAAUAAGGUCUUUCCAGAGCUCGAAAUAGAACAAACGUAUACAGUAGAUAAAACACAUAAUGUUUUUGAGAUGGAUUCUCUAAUUGCGGUGCGCCCAAUGACUUACUAUGUCAAUACUCAAACUGAAAUUGCUAACAUAUUUGAUGAUAUUGCGUAUGACAAAGGUGGAGCCGUACUCCGCAUGUUCCAUCAUGCUAUUGGAAAAGAGGCUUUCCGACGAACAUUAAUCAAUUUCCUUCAGACAAAUGCCCUACAAGCCGUGAAUCCUGAACAGUUUGCGAAAACUAUGCAAAAAGUAAUGGAUUUAUUGCCAAUUCCUCACAUAUCAAUGCCAACCGCCAACGAACUUCUAAAAUCCUGGACUGAACAAGCUGGCUAUCCUGUGUUACAUGUAUCAAGAACUCAAAACUGUUCAAUAAUAAUUUCACAAAAAAGAUAUCUUCUUAAGAAUAAUAUCGAAGGCCCAAGCACAACAUGGAUACUACCGUAUAAUUUUGCCAACGCACUUGAACCAAACUUUGACAUAACAAUUCCUGCAGGCUGGCUCUCAGGAACAACAAAAGAGCUCAUUCCAGACAUUAAUCAAAAUUGGACAUGUGAUGAUUGGCUUAUUUUUAACAAACAGCAAACAGGAUAUUAUCGAAUCAACUAUGACGACAAUUUAUGGAACCUAAUAGUUAUAACCCUUAGUAAGAAUCAUAGCACUAUUCAUCAUUUAAAUCGAGCCCAGCUAAUAGAUGAUGCAUUGAAUAACGCCCGUACUGGACGAUUGAGCUACGAACUUGCCUUGCAGUUAUUACGUUAUUUAUCUAAAGAACUAAACUAUGUACCAUGGGCUGCCGUUGACCGGAAUUUACGAAUUUUAAGUGUUCUUCUCAAUGGCUCAUCAUCAUACAGUCUUUGGCUUCGGUACUGUCUUGAAUUCCUUUAUCCAAUUUAUGAACAUAUGGGAAUAGUGACUCAUGAAGAGGAUUCCUUGAUGCAAAGAAUGGCACGAGAAAUUGUUGUUGCAUGGACGUGUAAAGUAGGAUCACUUCGCUGUUUAAAUGAUUCAACAUCUAUAGUGGAAAGUGUUGUUGGAAAACUUACACCCGAUAUAGACCCCGAUUUAAGGGAAACGAUUAUUUGUAACGGUUUAAGGAGUGCGUCCUAUGAUGCUUUUAAUUACUUUUGGAAGCAAAUGCAAGCUUCACAAAAUCAAGCAUAUCGUUCUGAGUUAAUUCGAGCUUUAGGAUGCACGCAAAAUGGCGAAUUCCUCACAAAAUUGCUCAAUACCACAAUUGAUGAAAACGGUGUAUACUAUUUUCCACAGGAACGAGAAAGAGUUUUGCUUUCUGUUUUAAGUAACGGAAUCCUAGGUAUGAAUAUUUCCACAUUAUUCCUGGAACGCUAUAUGGAUCAGAUCAAUAUUAACUACAAUAAAGGAAAUUUCGGAGGAAGAGCGAUAAGCUCUAUCAUUAAAAAUAUGGCAAAACAAACUGCUAGCGAAAACAUGCACCUACGCCUUCAAAAUCUCAUGGCAAAACUUUUUGAAAAAGGAUAUUUACGCAACUCAGAUAUGCUGCAAAGUCUAGAACAAUCUAGUGAAAACCUCAACUGGAUACGUGACAAGGGUAAAGAAAUAGAGCGCUGGUUGGAGCAGCAAUAUCAACCACCAACAUAUCAACCCAAUACGGUAUCUUCUGCACUGACCUCUACAUUGUUCGAUAAUGGCAGCACACUGCAAGCCAAUGAUACUACACUACAAACUACCCUCCAAACCAAUGCAGCAAUUGCGAGUUCCAUAACGUUUAAUAACUCCUUUAUAUCCACAUCCAUCUUUACCAACGAAAAUAGUAUUACAAGCAUGUCAACGCAAUCGUUAGCAGUAUCUAUAGCAGCUUCCACAGAAAUUUAUGAAAGUACGGAAAAAAAUGAUUCAAAUAUUGUUUAUCCGGCUAAUAUUACUUUAUUAAUCACAUUUUUAGUUAUAUUUCACAUAAAAAUGUUAACAUAAAAAUGUCACAUAAGUUAGAAAUAAGGUAACAAGAAAAUAAGGAAUUAUUAGGGGAAAAAAUAGAACUCAUUACAUGCUUUCGUGAACAUCUAUAACAACGGAACAGAAAAACUAAACACAAUCUAUACUCAUACUAUGAACUACCCAACUAACUAACUAACUAACUAACUAACUAACUAACUAACUAUAAAAUGAAAAGCAAUUCUGCAAAACAAAGCAUUCUAACAAAACAAUUUUGACCUAUUAUUCAUUGUUGAUGCAUCCUAUUUAUGUAAUUAUUUUAGAACAAUAUUA